GCGGCGGCGGCGGGUGGGGGGCAUGGCGGGCGUGAGGCGCUGGGCCCCACCGAGUCCGUGACUAGCUGCGCCUCCUAGCGGGGAACCCGCCGUUCCCGGCUCCCGAGGGCCCCCCACCCGGCCGCCACUAUGUUACAGGAAAUCAGUGAGCAGAGCUCGGAAGCGGGAGAUGACAGUCUAUCUGCGAUUACCUACGAAUCAGACUUAGAGAUGAAAUCAAAAAAGAAAACUUUUCACAAAUAUCCGCCAAGAUCACCAAAGUCUCCCUAUCAUACCAAACCUAAACAGAUCUCAUCUUGGAGAUAUUUAAAGGCAGCAGGGGCAAUGCCUCUCAGUGGCAGGAUGGCUUUAACCCCACAGAAACUAUGGCUUGGACCUUCAAAACAAGGUCAUAGUCCUGGGGCCCCUGUUUAUAGAGAGAAGGAAGAUAUGUAUGAUGAGAUUAUUGAAUUGAAGAAGUCAUUACACUCUCAAAAAGGUGAUGUGGAUUUUAUGAAAACAAAGCUUCGACGAUUAGAAGAAGAAAAUAGCAGAAAGGAUCGGCAGAUUGAACACCUCCUGGAUCCUAAUCGAGGCUGUGAAUUUGCCCGGAGUAUGGUUGACAAAAGGCCUGGUACUGGCUGGGUAAGUGUGAUCUCCAGGAAGGUCAUUAAUGGAUUAAAACAGAGGAUUAUCAAGUUGGAACAGCAAUGCAAGGAAAAGGACAAUACUAUCACUAAACUUCAGACAGAUAUAAAGAUGACUAAUUUGGAAGAAAUGAGGAUCGCCAUGGAGACUUAUUAUGAGGAGAUCCAUCGUCUCCAGGUUCUUUUGGCAAAUACCGAAACAACAGGAAAGAAGUCCCCAACUGACAAGAAGUCAACUCAGAAAAAGCAGAAGAAAUUGAGUGCUACUGUCCUACACUUGUCUAGAAAUGUUCAAGAACUUCAGGAAGAGAACCAGAGCUUGAAAGAAGAUCUGGACCGGGUGCUAAGCAAUUCCCCUAUUUCUAACAAAGCAAAAGGUUAUAGUGAAUGGAGUAAACAAAGGCUAAUGAGACGAAUCUCAGAGUUGGAAAAGAAAGUGGGUGAGCUCGAGAACACAGGAUCUCAUUCUCCAGAACAGGUCAGAUUGGUUCCCUUGAUUCAGUCCACACCAAACACAGCGCAGCAGGAUCUGCUGAGAUCUGAGCACUCUGAGGACUGUGAGCGACUUCGAGGGAUUGUAAGAAAGCUGAAGGCGGACCGAAGCGCCCUGCAAGCUCAGCUGUCUGAUAAAGAUUUGGAAAUGAAGCAGUUACUACAGGCCAAAGCUACUUUGGAGAAGGAACUGAAAAAAGUGGAGGAGACAGAGAAAGACAGGAAGGAGAAAGAAGAUAGCAUGAGAGAGGAAAUUCAGAGACUUACCAAGAAGUUGCAAGAGAUGGAAGUAGACCAGAGAAAAAUUGAAGGUGACCCCAUGAAGAUAACACAUGAGGCUCAGGAAGAUGCCUUUAUCUCCUCCAACAUUACCUGUAUCCAGACUCAGCAAGGUUUUGUAUCGAGUUCAAGUAACACAUCCAUUCAGCCUCCCACUUUCCACUCUGAUGCAGGAAACAAAGAGCACAGAAGAGAUAAAGCUGCCAGAAUUAUCCAAACUCAGUGGAAGAUAUUCAAGAGAAAGAAAAAAGAGGCUAAUCUGGAUGAGGCGGCUGCUGUGCUGCAGGCAGUUUUCAGGGGACAUUUAGCACGGGAGAAGCUGUUUUCGAGCGAUACAUUCGAUUCAGAAUGUCCCAGUAUGCCCAGCUUUCCAAAUAAGAGAUCCAGCACAUCCUGCUGUUCCCCAGGUUUGGUGGCUGAUAACAAGGAGGAAGACGAGGCUAUUGCAGUCAUCCAGUCGAUUUUCAGGGCACACUCAACACGGAUGGGAUACCAUGAAAAAACAGCCUCUGAUUCUCCCAUAAGUGAAAAGAAACCUAUUUCAGCAGUGUGCCAGAAAUCAACCUGUCUAGCCUCUACACCAUCUUCUCUUGGUAAAGAAGAUAGUGAAGUUAGUAGUGAAGAGACUAUAGAAGAAUUACCAGCUGAUGACGAUGAGAGUAUGCAGCCAAAAGAGCUUAAGGCACUGGUUCGUCAACCCUGUUGUGCUGUUUCCUCCCAUACCCGAUUGCAGUCCAUUGUUGCUCCACCAGUGGAUGAAGUAACCUCCGAUGAUUCCGAUGAUAUUGUCAUCUCUCCAUCUCUGCCCAUGAAGAAAAAAAACUCUCCCCAGGUUUAGCUCUAGGCUUUCAUUAUUGUUCACAGAAAUUACCCCACACAUGAAGCUGUUCUUUAUUUUUUGGAUGAGGUUAAGGCUAAAAGCACAUAGGACUAUCUUGAGCCCUUAUUCUCUAAUGCUGGCAGAGCAGUUUGAUUGGUAAGGAAAUGACAUCUAUUGAUGUAAGGCACCAGGCUAGCCACAAUGCAAAAGUUAUGAUGAGUGGUAAAGGAUCAAAGAAAGCUUUAGGGAGAGUCCAGGGUAGCUUUCCCCUUUGUUUUUGAAAGCAUCAUUAUCAGCAUUAUUAGCAGAUGAGAGCUAUAUUUCAAAGUACAAAAGCUGAAUUUCAGAUUCUUGUAUUAGAGCUCUUGUGGGCGUGAUACCUCCCACAUUCCUGGGUGUAUCCACUCACCUGCUUUAGAGCUCUAUACUGUACAACUCUUUAAAGUGGAACUGGUGAUUAUGUCACUGGGAAAAUAAAAAUUAAAAAACACAAAAUUAUAAACCAAAGAAGCUACAUUAAAAUUACUUUUGAAAAUGUAUUAGAUUGUCUUAGCAAGGUGGCCUUACAAAGUCCAGCUGUUGGUGUGGCAGGCUGAGGAGAGAAGAGGAAAAGUUACUGAUCACAAAGUGCAAAUGAAAUCCUCCCUGUCCAUUCUAACAUAUAAAGAGUCCUUGGGUUUUUCAUCAUCAGUUGUUUUGUUCCUGCUGCAUAGUGAAGAUCACUCUUAAACCUUGAGCAGCCCUAGUCCUUGUAAAGGCCAUAACUAGCAGUAGGCCAAAAGCUGAAUUCCUGCAGAAUCCUGCUGCACCAAAUGGAAAGAGCUGCCAUACUUGGAAGGAACAGCUGAAACACUAGGGAUUGUGUGUGUCAGAAUAGCAC